AUUAUUGAUUUGAAUUUUAGGUUGAAAGUAGUGUUUGACUGCGUGGUCUUUAUUUUCUUACAUAAUAAUACAUGACAACUACUGUAUAUUACAAAAGUGUGAUUCGAAUUGAGUAAACCUGAAAUAAUUUGUUCAAAUUCGAUCAGGCUAUAUAGGUUUCGACUAACUUUCAGCAAUCACACACCUAAAGCUGCGUUUACACCAAUGUCCUGAAGAAACGUUUAUCGAUAGGAUAUGAUCAGUUGUAGUGAAGCUACGUGUAUAGAAGAGCAAUCAGUGUAUAGGUUGCCUCUACUGCUACGUGUCACCCCAAAGGAGAGGCUAUUUUUAAGAUAAGGGCAAGGCAAGGUGCUGGCGCAGUGUGGCUUGCGAGUGAGCUGCAUUCCUCGUCCACUUUUGUUGUUCAAGGGCGUCAACUGGUCGUCAGUUUUCUUCGACUCACAAAAAACGCAACCUAGACCUUCUUCGUGAUACAAUUUCCUAAUGAGCAGUUGAUGUAAGUAGAAAAAGUGGCGCUGUUAUUGUUGAAAGAAUUGAGGCGUGGUGCGGAGGAGGGUCGACGACCCGCGCCGGAACUGUUUACAUGAGAGGAGGAAGGGUCAUCGACUUGCUCUUGAAGCGUGGUAUUCGUGACGUCACCAGGUGUACCGCUAGUCGAGAGCAAGACGCAGGUCACCUGCUGCUGUGCUGGGCCUGGCGCCGCCUCUUCACCCUCUCCUCUCUCAACUCGACAGUUAGCCACAGUCAGAGUUCCUCUCAGCAGUCUCCACGCACACAUCAUCAGUUCAACACCGCGUCGUCGAUUUGCUUGUAGUUCCGUAGUCAAAAUGCGUCACUUCAGUCUGCUGUUUUUCUUGUUGCUUGCCGUCAGCUCACAUUCAGGAGUUUUAGCGGAGGAGGAUGAUGAAGCCAACCCUUUCCUCGACGCAGCCAAAGCGCUGUUGCAGGACUCGCUGCAAGGGGGUGGCGACAAGGGUGGAGGGCUAGCAGGCCUCGGUGGCAUGUUGCAAGGAUUUUUGUCACAAACAGAGGGUGGACGACCCUCAGGGGGCGGAGGAGCAGGUGACCUGCUGGCAGGGCUGGGGGCAGUGCUGGGGGGCCGCGGGGGACAAGGCGGUGUCGACCCCCAGGUAGUCUCCAAGGUGGUGGAGAUGUUCUCGAGCUGGUCGGGGGCGGGCAAUGAUGCCGGAGGCGGCAGCGACGGAGGCCCCCUGGAGGGGCUGUUGAACCUGCUGCCCCUGCUGGCCAACACAGGUCAUCUUCACUCGGAUGACCCCGCUGUUGAGGACGCCGAGGAGCAUCAGCGCCAUCAGAAGACGGCCUCCCUGCUGCCGCCCUUCCUCACGGGCCUCUGGGAGCACUUUGCCUCGUCCGAGCUGGGUCGCACCCUCUGGGCCAACAGCGGCCUCGCCGCCACCCUCCAGCUCUUCCAGGACGAGCACGGCAACUUCCAGCUGGAGCGCAUCUUCAUGUCCAUGGAGAACAACCAGUUUCGCCGGCGCUGGGUGCGGGCACUCUCCGCGUUUGUAGCCGAUUGGGUCAAGCAUGUCGCCGAUCCAGCCACCCAGAAAAGGUAUUUAACUACAGCGCAAUUUGUUGGAAAUGGAUUCCUGAAGGCACAGGGCUACUCAAAAGCAGUGCUGUUUGAUCCGGCCAGACCUACAGAAUCCCUCAGUCUAAUGGCAAAUGCAAUCCUCAAGAGAAACUUCGGCUUGAAAGUGAAUUCAGCUACUUACAUCAAACCAGCAGUGGCGUAUGUUCAGGAGCUGUUCCAUUUGGGACAAACAAGAGGAAUCAGCCUCUCUCGACUUUCGUCGCAGGACAUCGAAAGCAAACUAUCGGAAACUGUCAACAACGAAAUAAUUGAGCCCGUUCUACGAGUAUGGAGAGCCUACAGAUUCGCCAUGAAAGUGCCACAAUGCGAUCGCUAUCUGAUCUGCACAAUAAACCAACACGAGCCUGGCUACGAGGGAGCAGCCGGCCUCAAGCCCGGUGUAACAAAACUCGCCAGUUUGACAGCAUCGUGGUUCCUAUCAGGUUAUACAGGAACGCCGUUUUGGAAAUUGUACAACGCAGCAGUGGAAGAACACAAGUGCCAGAUCAAGUACCCAGUGGACUGUUCACAGUUUCACGAAGAAGACGUGCGUGCAACGACUGAGUACAUGCACAACGAACUAUAGGACUUCGGGCCCUUGGCUGUGUGAUCUGGCUGUAACAACAGCGUCGACCUCAAUUAGCAUGUAAUUUCCUCUAUUUUAAAAUUGAGAUCUAGGUUUGAAUGAGAUGUACAUUUAAGUAUCAAUCGAAUUUAAUUAAUAUUAGGCUAUGUUGACGACUUGAAAGUUAUUUUUAAUCCUACCAACUUCCAUUGUAAAUGUUUUCAAUUGAAUAGAGUUUAAAAUGUAAAUAUUUUCAAUACAAGUUAUUUGCUUGUUUGCAGAUUUA